UGUUAAAAAUAAAAAAAAAUAAAAUAAAACACCGCAAUUGAUCGACCCGGCCCGGCCCAUUUACUAUGAAAAUAAAAGGAGAAAAAACAGGGGAGUCCAAUUAGUAAUACGUACCAUGUGUUCAAUUGAUUUUGGGAUUAUGCAAUUCCAGCAGCGGAUAACAUUUAACCGUGAAACCAAACAGCGCCCACUUUCCCCAGGCCGAUCUGCUAUUGUACGCCAUAGGCGCACCAAUCGUGUUAGCUUCGGAAGAAGGAAGCAAACGAUCGUAGCAAUGAGGGCCGUGGUUCAGCGCGUCGCCUCCGCCAGCGUCGAGGUGGAAGGCCGUACGGUGUCGGCGAUCGGACCGGGUCUGCUUGUCCUCGUCGGCCUUCAUGAGACCGAUGUUGAAUCCGACGCUGAAUACAUAUGUCGCAAAGUGCUGAACAUGAGAUUGUUUCCAAAUGAUAAUACCGGAAAAACCUGGGACCAAAAUGUUAUGCAAAGAAAUUAUGAAGUUCUAUUAGUGAGUCAGUUCACAUUAUAUGGGGUAUUAAAAGGAAACAAACCCGAUUUUCACGUGGCGAUGCCUCCCAAUGCAGCAAAAACAUUUUAUGCGUCACUGGUCGAAAAAUUUCAGAAAUCAUACAGGAUCGAUGCAGUAAAAGAUGGUGUGUUUGGAGCAAUGAUGAAAGUUAACUUGGUCAAUGAUGGUCCAGUAACAAUGCAGCUCGAUUCAUGCGGGCAAUCAUCCAAGAAUACAAAUGGUGUGUAGUAGAAGGAUCCUAACUAACUUCAUUGGUAACUGGGAGAAACAUAUCAAAGUUGGAAAUCUGCUUGAUUUAACGUAUACAGCCGAACACGAACUGAUUUAAGAAGUCAAACUUAUGAAAGGAAAAGGAUACGAUGAAUCUCAUUUUCAUGUGUUUUAUUAUGGUAAUGUGUUCUCUCGGUCGUUUUCAAAUAUCAGAGGCGCAAACACAAUCAAAAUAUUAGAUUGAAUACCACAUUACUAAGAACAGAUGUUAUGAGCAGAAUAACUUACGUUGAGUUAUCAAUGAUGAUAUUUGUUUGGUUU